AUGGGGAGAAGUAUCUGCAUUCUCAUCACGGAUGGCAAGUCCCAGGAUGAUGCUGAGGGGCCGGCAGCGAAACUGAAGAGCCAGGGCAUCAAGGUCUUUGCUGUGGGUAUUAAGAAUGCUGACCGCAAGGAGCUGAUCCGUGUGGCCUCGAUGCCUACGGAUGCCUUCUUCUUCUAUGUCGGUGAUUUCAAGCUGCUGGACACGCUGGUGCCACUGAUAACACGAAGGGUGUGCACGACUGUUGGGGGCACCCUCCAACAGCCCCUGUGCUACCCCACAGAUGGGCCAAGGCACACUGGCCCCUCCAACCUGGAGAUCCCAGAGCGGGCCCUGGACCAUCUGCAGAUCCGCUGGAGAGCAGCCAGCGGUCCCAUCACUGGCUACCGGGUGCAGUACGUGCCACUGACGGGGCUAGGGCAGCCCAUCAUGGCUGAGAGGCAGGAGGUGAGCGUGGGGCCACGGGAGACAAACACUGUGCUACGGGGACUGCGUGUUGGGACGGAGUACCUGGUCACUGUCACCGCCCAGUACGCCAACAGCAUCGGCGAGUCAGUGUCUGGCCGAGCACGAACCCAAAGCCGUGCUGGCUCCGUGCUGGAUUUUCGUGUGGUGGAGGCUGGACCGACCUUUCUGCGGCUGGCCUGGCAGCCUGGCCCCGAGCCCCUGCAGGGCUACAGCCUCAGCUAUGCUGUGCAAGGAGCACCUCAAAGAGAGGAGAAGAGCCUGACAGCCAGCGCACAGUCAGCCACACUCAGCGACCUGCAGCCCGAUACCGAGUACAUGGUGAUGCUCCAGCCCCGCUAUGCACAGCAGCCCGCUGUCCCUGCCACCCUCACCGCCCGGACACGGCACCUGGUGGGCGUGCAGCACUUGACUGUCCACAACGUCUCAGCACAGAGCAUGCUGCUGGCCUGGCAGUCUGUCAGUGGUGCGACCGGCUACCGCCUCUCCUGGGCAACCCUCACAGGGCAGGACAGGCACAGGGUGGACCUGGAUGCCGGGCAGAUAUCACAUGCACUGGUGGGGCUGCAGCCCAACACCGACUAUGUGGUGACAGUGGCCCCACUCUUCAGGCAGCUGGAGGGGCCCGCAGCCACUGUGCGGCAGAGGACAGAGGCAGGUUCAGUCCAGACGCUGCAGACCAACAUCCUGGGCCCCACCUCCAUCCAAGUGCUCUGGACCAGUGCCCGUGAUGCUCGUGGCUACCGUCUGGAGUGGAAGAGAGCCACAGGACCAGAGCCCCCCAGAACAGUGUCUCUCCCCAGCAGCACCAAUACUUACCAGCUGAUGGGGCUGAAGCCGGGCACCGAGUACCGCAUCACCCUCUACACGCUCUAUGAUGGUGGGGAGGUGGCCACCCCUGUCACCACCUUUCAGACAGGCGUGGAGGCACCCGUGGGUGCUGUGUCAGACCUGCGGCUGGUUGAGGAAUCGGGCAGGUGGGUACGCCUGAGCUGGACCGGUGUCCCCGGUGCCACCGAGUACAAAGUGGUGGUGCGCAACAACCAGGAUGGCACGGAGAGGACGAGGCGCAUCCCAGGCAGCCAGACAGGGCUGGAGCUUGGUGACCUCCGGGAGGGCGUCACCUACCUGGUGCGUGUCUCGGCACUGGCAGGCAGCCGGGAGGGCAACGCUGCCAUGCUUACCGUGCGCCUCAAGUAUCCAGAUGUGGGCAGCAUUUCGGAUCUGCGGGUGAUGGAGGCCGGUCCCAGCCAGCUGCGGGUCACCUGGCGAGGGCUGCCAGGUGCCGGGGGCUACCUGCUGACGUGGCAAGGCAGUGACGGUCUGAAGAAAUCCCGCUUCCUCCCUGCUGACCCCACCACCUUCACCAUCGAGGGGCUGCAUGCCAACAUUGUCUACACCAUCAGUGUCUCGGCCAUUGUGGAUGGCCGUGAGGGCAGCCCUGUCACUGCCACGGGACGGAUAGUGCCAGAGCAGGUGGGGAAGGUGACCCAGCUGGAGGUGCAGGCAUCCAGGAGCAAUGUUGCCCGUGUCACUUGGGUCGGUGUGCCGGGAGCCACUGCCUACCGUGUGGUGUGGAGCCGCAGGGACGGAGGUUUGGAGAAUAGUCGGCGAGUCCCUGGCCACACCAACUCCUUUGACAUCCCCAACCUGGAGGGAGGCGUCUCCUACACUGUGAAGGUGACGGCACUCAUUGGCAACCGGGAAGGCAACCCCGUCUCCGUUGUUGUCACCACCCCUGAGGCAGUUCCCCUACGCCCUGUCAGUGGCUUCCAGGUGACCGAGGCCUCAGAGCAUCGCCUGCUCCUGACCUGGCUGCCAGUGGCUGGCAGCACUGGGUACCGUCUGUUCUGGCGCCUGGCUGAAGGGGGGCCCCCGCAGAGCCAGCAGCUCCCAGCCAGCUCCAGCUCUUAUGCCCUGUCGGGACUGGAACCAGGCCGGCACUACCAUAUCAGCAUCACCAGCCUGGCAGGCAGCCAGGAGAGCGAGCCAGCCACCAUCACUGCCAUCACCACUGCCCCAAGCCACAUCACCAGCCUGCGGGUGACAGAGGUGCAGAGGGAUUCAGUGACUCUCACCUGGACCCCAGUCCCUGGUGCCUCUGGCUAUGUCCUCUCCUGGAGCCCUCCUGCAGCUGGUGGGGAGAAGGGGCGGACGCUGCCCAGCACUGCCAGCUCCCAGCAGGUCUCUGGGCUGCGCCUGGGCCAGCGCUACACCUUCACCCUCCGGCCACUGCUGGGGAGCGCGCCAGGUGCCGAGGUGUCCGUCAGUGAGCGCACAGUCUGCAGGGAUGCCCUCGGUGACGUGGUCUUUCUAGUACACGGCAUCCGCAACAGCUCCUCUGGUGCCAAUGCUGUCCGCACCCUCCUCUCCAACACCGUGUCUGCCCUGGGGCGCCUGGGCCCUGAGGGCACACAGGUGGCCCUGGCCACGUACAGCUCCCGCAGCCUACCCUGGCUGCUCCUGAACCGCUCCAGUGACCUGCGCACCGUGCUGGAGCAGAUCCGUGCCAUGCGCUAUGAGGAUCCCAGCGGCAACGCCAUCGGGGCAGCCAUCAGCUUUGCCAGGACCUACCUGCUGAGUCCUGGUGCAGGGCGCCGUCUCGGGGUGCCAGCAGUGCUGGUGAUUCUGGCUGACAGCCCCUCUGGGGAUGAUGCCAUCACUGUGGCCAGGGACGUCAAGGCUGGGGGGGUCCAGGUGCUGGCAGUGGGCAUGGAGGGGGCAGACCGGGAGCAGCUCCGGCGCAUGGUCACCAGUGAGGACCCACGGUACAUCUACCAUGGCAGAGACCUGGCAGAGCUGGAGGGAGAGCUCACCGAUGACCUCUGCACCAUCAUCUCCACCAGGGGCGAGAAGGGAGACCGCGGUGAAGCAGGUCGCCACGGGCUUCCUGGCUCUCCAGGACCACCAGGGCCACAGGGUCCACCAGGAGAGAGUGCCGAGGGUCCGGGCAAGAAGGGAGACAGGGGGAUGCGUGGGCCCAUGGGACUUACUGGCCCAAAGGGGGAGAAAGGUGAACCGGGAGAGCCCAGGGUGAUCACGGACGGAGUGCGGGGGCUGCCAGGCCAGAAGGGGGAGCCGGGUGUGCCGGGAGAAAAGGGUGACCGAGGAGAAAGGGGCCUGCCUGGGGACCCCGGGCCUCGGGGACCUGCUGGGCCCCCUGGCCUGAAGGGAGAGAAGGGUGAUGGCACAGAAGGUUUCCCAGGGCCACCUGGCCGCCCCGGGGACCCAGGAGACAGGGGUCCUCGGGGACCACCGGGGGAGCAGGGCAGGAAGGGAGACCGUGGGGCACCAGGCGAGCUGGGAGAGACUGGCGAGAAGGGAGACCGCGGUGUGCCGGGCCCAGAGGGUGAGAAGGGUGAGAUAGGAGCCCCAGGGCACCCAGGGCCAUCAGGCAGAGAGGGAGCUCCAGGACCGACUGGCCCCCGGGGGGAGAAGGGCGAUCCAGGACCACCUGGCAGACCAGCUCCCAGCGUGGCUGGUGUUGGAGAGAAGGGUGACAGAGGUUUCCCAGGACCAGAAGGUCCUCCUGGCCCCAAGGGUGAAGCAGGAGAUAAAGGUGCCAGUGGUCCCCCUGGCCUGAGCAUCCCAGGGCCAGCUGGCCCCAAAGGCGAGCAGGGCGAUCGGGGUACCGUUGGCCUCCCAGGCAGGAGUGGCCCAAAGGGUGACCCAGGAGAGCCCGGGGAGAAGGGGGAGCCGGGCCGAGCAGGCACCCCUGGGCAGAUCGGGCUGCGAGGCAAGGAGGGAGAGCGAGGAGAGAAAGGUGACGAAGGCACCCCGGGUGAAGCGGGUCUGCCUGGCAAGCCUGGAGACAGGGGUCCCCGGGGCCUUCCUGGCUACCGUGGCCCCCCCGGGGAGAAGGGUGACUUGGGGGACCCAGGACCUGAAGGCAGGAAUGGCAGCCCUGGAGCACCAGGGAGCAAGGGUGACCGUGGGGACCCAGGGCCUCCCGGACCCCCAGGACGAACUGUCGAUGUUGGGCUCGGAGGAGUGGGGGGAAAGGGUGAGAAGGGGGACCCUGGGGACCCAGGUGAGGACGGUGCCAAGGGUGCCCGGGGUGAUGCUGGCUCCCCUGGACUGCCUGGAGAGAGGGGUGUGGAGGGCCCCCGUGGCCCCCCUGGCACACGGGGUGACCCUGGGGACCGAGGCCUGCCGGGAGAGAAGGGGGACCGUGGCUCACCAGGGCUGGAUGGCCGCAAUGGGCUGGAAGGCAAAGCUGGGCCCCCAGGGCCUGCUGGGCUGCGGGGGGACCCAGGAAAGCCUGGAGAUCCUGGCCGGGAUGGGCUGCCUGGACUGCGUGGGGAGCAGGGACCACCUGGCCCCAUGGGUCCCCUGGGACCACCUGGCGUGCCUGGCAAAGCCGGUGAGGAUGGCAAACCUGGCCUGAAUGGCAAGAAUGGAGAAGAUGGGACACCAGGAGAGGAUGGGAGGAAGGGCUCCCCAGGCCUCCGUGGGGUGGCUGGACCAAAGGGGGACCCAGGGGAGCCUGGACUGCCAGGGGAGCCGAACAUUGAACGUGGCCUGGAAGGGCUUGGCAUCAAGGUAUUAUUUCCUGACUCUGGGCUCCACUUCUGCCCUGACUGGUGGCUCUCUUGUCUCUCCCAGGUUUCGUCCCUGAAGGAGCUCACGGGUGCCUAUGACGGGAGCUCGGACUCGUUUCCGCCGGCGGUUGAGCGGCUGCGGGGCCAGAAGGGCAGUCGGGGGGAUCCAGGAGAAAGGGGGCCCCCAGGCCGAGAGGGCUCCUUAGGCUUCCCUGGCGAGCGAGGACCCAAAGGUGACAAGGGAGACCCAGGUACCCCCGGCCCCCAGGGCCCCAUGGGCCGGGCCGUGGGUGAGCGGGGUCCCGAGGGCCCGCCUGGGCAGCCAGGGGAGCCUGGCAAGCCAGGCAUUCCUGGGGUGCCGGGCCGGGCUGGGGAGCUGGGGGAAUCCGGGAGGUCCGGAGAGAAGGGUGACCGAGGAGAGAAGGGCGACCGAGGUGAGCAGGGAAGAGAUGGCUUGCCUGGACCCCCAGGGCCUCCAGGGCCCAAGGUGGACGUGGUGGAGGGCAGCCUGAUGGGUCUCCCAGGUGAACGCGGCCCCAUCGGACCCAAAGGAGCCAAGGGUGAAGGUGGCUUGAGGGGUGAACGAGGAGAGCCUGGUGAGAAGGGCAGGGACGGCAACCCCGGCUUGCCAGGCUUUCCUGGCGUGCUGGGACGCCCGGGGGAGAGCGGGAAGCCAGGCGUGCCGGGCAGGGAUGGCGUGCCAGGGAAGGAUGGCGAGGCAGGAGUGCCUGGGAAGAUGGCCAUCGCUGGCCCCCCUGGAGCCAAGGGAGAGAAGGGUGAGCCGGCACUGCUGGAGGGUGUGCUGCUGGGAGAGCCCGGCUCCAAGGGUGACCGAGGCUUGCCAGGCCCCAAGGGUGAGAAGGGGGAGCCAGGAAAGCUUGGAGAGCCAGGAGAUCCUGGGGAAGACGGAGCCAAGGGAUCCUCUGGAGCCAAAGGGGAGAAGGGAUCAGUGGGUGUCGGUGCACGGGGACCACCAGGACAGGACGGGCCUCCAGGUUUGAAGGGUGACAUUGGCUUGCCAGGAUUACCAGGACCCCCAGGCUUAGCAGGCACUGCCGGGAUGCCAGGACAGCCAGGCCUGAGAGGGGACAAUGGACAGCCUGGCCCUCCAGGUCCUCCAGGAGAGAGGGGCUUGAUCGGCUUUCCGGGCAGGGAUGGUGCCGCUGGACCACCAGGACCUGUGGGGCCCCCAGGGCCGGCCGGCAUACAAGGGGCCCCUGGCCUGAAGGGUGACAAGGGUGCUCCAGGGGCUGGGCUGCCAGGAGCCAGAGGUGAACGUGGUGACCCAGGACCACGGGGUGAGGAUGGGCGCCCAGGGCCAGAAGGGGAUCGUGGGCCAGCAGGCGUGCCGGGGAACCGCGGGGAGCGUGGGGACAAGGGAGACCUCGGGGCCCCGGGACCCAAAGGAGACAAGGGCGACACUGUGGUGGUGGAGGGGCCGCCUGGAGCACGGGGCAGCAAGGGGGAGCCGGGAGAGCGUGGCCUGAAGGGCACAGAAGGGGACAAGGGGGACAAGGGGGAGCAAGGCAUGCUCGGAGAGAAGGGCACGAGGGGUGAACAAGGAGAGAAAGGCUCCAUGGGUUUCCCUGGGGCACGCGGCCCUAGCGGGCAGAAGGGAGAGGCUGGAGCACCAGGAGAGCCUGGGGAGCCGGGUCAGCCUGGCCGUGACGGGAUCCCCGGGGCCCGGGGGGAGAAAGGGGACAUGGGACCCCUGGGCAUGCGUGGCCUCAAGGGUGACCGGGGCAUGAAAGGUGCCUGUGGCCUCAACGGGGACAAAGGCGAGAAGGGAGAGCCAGGGAUCCCAGGGCGCUCAGGACUGCCAGGGAGGAAAGGAGAGCCGGGAGAGCUGGGUCUGUCAGGACCACCAGGCAUUCCUGGAAAAGAAGGGCUCAUGGGACCCAAGGGUGACCGGGGAUUUGAUGGGCAGCAGGGAGCCAAAGGAGACCAGGGAGAGAAAGGAGACCGGGGUGCCCCAGGUGUUAUGGGUGGCCCUGGUCCCCGGGGCAGUGACGGUGCUCCUGGCCCCCCUGGGCCCUCAGGGAGCGUCGGCCCUCGAGGUCCUGAGGGCAUGCAGGGCCAGAAGGGAGAGAGAGGCCCCCCUGGGCAGUCAGUGCCGGGUGCACGUGGCAUGCCUGGCAUCCCUGGCGAGAGAGGAGAGCAGGGCAGUCCUGGCACCCAUGGGCUCCGUGGGGAGAAGGGAGAGCCAGGCAUGACGGAGGAGGAGAUCCGUGCCUUCGUCAGGCAGGAGAUGAGCCAGCACUGUGCCUGUGGUGGCCACUUUCCACAGCACCAGGAUUCACGUGAGCACUCAGGAGGCUGGGGGGCUCAAGCCAGGAGCAGCUUCCACCCUGCCCAGGGAGUAGGAAGAAUCGUCCGCCAGGAGAAAGAGCAUGACCAAACAGGGUCCUUCUCCACUCAGCCAUUCCUUGCUGGCAGCAAUCACAUAGUCCCUGUGCUGAAGUUGUCACACGCUGAGGAAGAUGAGGGGCAGGACAGGCAGAUCGUGCUCAACAAUGACGACCUCACAUAUGACAGCAUGGAUGGAGAGGAGGAUGACUAUGAUGAGGUCCCAGAGAUGGACAGCUUGGAGCAGCCCACAGUGGAUGCUCUCUACUGA